UGGAUUCAGGUGUGGCGGUACUGGCGGUCCUGUACAGGUAUUUUGGACAUUUCCAGUGGCGUAUCAGUGUUUUUAUUGUUUUAAUCAAUCACCAGUUUUUCAAAAACCCGGACAAAAACAUGAUUUAACGCGUAGGUAACGUUACAAGUCAAUUAAGGAAUUAUUACAUAACUUGUCAGGUAUUUGUUUACUUGCGAAAAGUGAGGUUAUGUCACAGUUGUGUAAACAUCAAUAAAAAGUCUUGUGUUUAUAUUGAGUGAAAAAUUCACAAGAAAAUGGCAAAGGAAAUGAUGAUAAUCCUAGUCUAUGACUCUCAGAUGCUCCAGAAAGAAGAAGACGACCCUGCGAGCGCAAUUUUGUAUUUCCACCCAACGUGGGUGUCAGACCAGCAAAAAACGGCUUUGUGUGGCCAGCUAAUGGGCACCGUUCAUUGCGUUAAAAGUAUUUUUUCCGCCCCGAAAAUAGUCUCGUUACAGAGCGGCAAAUUUUUUAUUAAGGAGUAUGGGCGGUAUCUGAUGGCCGUAGGCACCGAUCGCAACAUUGCGGAUUGGUUACUGGAACAUAGGGCCAACACAAUGUCUUCACUGAUAAGCUUCUUCCACCAGGACAUUGAAAUCAUGUCGAAGUUGUACGACAACAGCGCGAAACUCUCCGCAAAACUGUAUCAAUUAUUCGAGACUUAUCUAAAGUACAUGUUUCUGGGCGGCAAUAUUUUUUCCUAUACUCCGUCGCUGAAACUACCAAAGAGCGCAAGUAAUGUGUUUUUAGAGGCCAUACAAAUACUACAGUGUUGCCAAGAACUCAAUUAUGUCAUGGGCGGCACGUUGUUGUACCAUAACAAGGUCGUAGCAACUCAGCUGAGUUCAGACAUAACGAAACGAAUUGUAUUAACGGAUCCGUACCGAAUUAAAUGCCCGGCAGAGACACCUAGCGUCAAUUUUGAGCUACCUCUAGGCGUCCAACUGCUGCAAGUAUACAUUUCGAGUAAAGAAUAUUACAAAUUGCACGAGGAGGCGACAAGGAGUCGCAGUAUUUUCCAGUACCUGAGCAGCAAAAGUAUUAAAAAGGGAAAACCAGUGGCGUCCAAGGAGCCGGUGAUAUCCGCCAUGAAACGUGACCAAUCAAUCAUUUUCACAGCAGUCCCCGAAGAAGACAGCGAGCCCCAAAUCAGCAAAGUCGAGAAACCAAUUUCGUCACAAAACCGCCCCAAAUUCCUAAACUUGAAACACAAAACAACCGACGAGAAAAAACCUGUGGCACCUAGUACACCCUUCCAUGGCCAGACUAGCGUGUGUUCGACCCCAAUGACCGAUUUGAGUAAAGUUUUACACUCAAAACCGUUGUCGAUUUGCAUAAACGAGACAAUUCCGUGCGAGAAAACGCCGGAAAAAACCUCAAUUUUCGCGAAAAAUGGCACGGAUUUGAACAGUGUUAUAGCAAGAGUGCCGUAUUUGACGGUAACGAGCAAUUUGCACGAUUGCAAAAAAUUUUCAAGUGUGUUUGACGUCCGGGAAAAGUUGAAAAGUCUCGAUAGAGGCAUCACGAUGAAGUAUUACAAUUCGGAGUUUCGCGAAAAGUACAAAAUUUCGCAUGAUGUUACACCAGACGAAAGCCGAGUGUUUAAAACUAUAACUGAUCCAAACUAUCCCAUUUUUCGCUCCGAUGGGACGGUGGUCUCGCAUCCGUUUUACCAAGACUACUUGACCAGUCAAAUGGAGCUAAUCACGAGCGAAAUCAAGGAAGAAAAGCCCGAUUUGAGUCAUCACUCGUUUGACGACUUUGACUCAAACUUGGGUGAUUUUGUCCAAAGUGUUAAGAAAAUUCCGGACAAAGUGGUUGAAAGUAUUGAAUUCUCGGCCCUGCCUCGGCCGAGCAAAGAGCACCGGAAAUCGCUAACACUUCCGUUAAAAUCACUAAGUGUGGACGGUGGAGGGGAGGAGGUUUCACCAAUGAGGAGACACUCCUCGAGUGUUCUCCUGACUCCUUUGAUGUCGAAAUUGAGCUCGUUCGAAUCUAGUGGUUUCUGCAGCCGGGACACAACCCCGAUUUUUACGCCAACUCAACCAAAUUUUCCAUUUGCGUUCAAAAGGCCGAAAAAGUUGCUACCGGAGACGGAUUCCUUGCGGAAAUGUGUUUUGUUUGUUUGUGGACAGCAGGAUAUGGUCGUGACGCUUUUGUUGCAGGAUGAGGCAUGUGCUUCGUUGGAACUUUUGACCAAGCUGUGGGAGAUUUGUACAGAAAAUUUGGGGAAGUUGGAGAAACAGUUGCAUCACUGUUUGGAGACGUAUCCGGGCGGAGGGGCUCCAGGAGAUACCGAGCCUUACAGUUAUCUGUAUUUGGACUCGGAUUGGGACACUAUACAUCGUGGGGGGCCCUGGGGGAGUGCCGAGUUGGGGGCUCUGACGUAUUUUCAUCGAGAUUUUCAGGAGUCGAGCAGUUUGAUCGAGAUUUUAAUGAGAUGUUGUGACGGCGUAAUUUACGGCUAUCAGUGUGGCAAGUCUGAGGUGUUUUACCACCAGGCUGCCAACCCCAAUGCAGGGUUGCCAACACCGGCGGACCCCAUGAGCAACGUUCCACUGAAAGCAAGGCGGCGGCUGGAACGCGACCACUCAAUUAUUUUAUUGUAAGACAGUAUUGCCAACAUUCCAUUAGUGUAUCGUGCCAAAAAUGUGUAUCCAUGUAAUUCAAUGUGAUAUUUUAGUAUUAUUUAAGGGAGUUUGAGUCGGAAUAAAUUGUUUUCCAUAUUUAUUUAA